AGCCUCAGCCAGAAGCGACAAUGGAGGAGGUAGGGGCGCAUCAGAGAGACGGCUACACCUCCUCAGCACCCGAAGAGGUCCAGGUUCAAGGGGGCCUACUUGGGGUGGAGGAAGGCCGCCACUGGACCGACGACGAGGUCCGAGCGCUGCUGUGCGUCUGGGCCGACCGGCGCGUCCGCGAGAGCCUCAAGAGCACGCUACACAACAAGUACAUCUUCCAAGAGAUCUCCAGCCAGAUGCAACGCACCUUCGGCGUGGUGCGCAACUGGAAACAGUGCCGCACCAAAUACAAGAACCUCAAGUACGACUACAAGAUGGCCAAGAGCACCCACGCGGCCCGCGCCGGCCGCAGCGGCAGCCCGGGCAAGUACAUGAAGUUUUUCCACGAGGUGGAGGCCAUUCUGCUCGACGCCGGGCCGGAGGAGGUCUCUCUGGGGAUGAAGAGCAGGUUGUACGAUGGGGAGAAAACGCCAGCAGCUCGCGAAAGUGAGGUCAUCGUCAAGAUUGAUGAUUAUGACAACAGCGACCAUUACGACGCGGACAGCGACAUGGAUUCCAAAUGGAGAGGACGAGGUAAAAACGGCCGACGAUCGAUGCCAAUCGGGGUUCCCUUUCGUUAAUUCCCUUCCGGGUGUCGAU